AUGAGUACUUCAUCGAGAAGUAACGUUUGUUUUUGCGUUUCGGAUGAUCACGAAUAUGUCACUCCUAAAAGAGCCGUGUUAACAAUGAAUGAUAUGCAAACGUGGGAAAAAACGGAAGCUUACUACGAUUAUUUAACAUUCUUUGGUGCUCUUAAUGAAUCAGUCAGAUCCUUACCUAAUAGCAGUAAAUUUCCUUAUUCUGAAAAUGCCAAGGCUUUGGUUGAAUUUCUCGAUACUUUAGAUAAAUUGAUUGAAGAAUAUCCACCAAUAGAUCAACCCCAAAGGUUUGGUAAUCAAGCUUUUAGAUCUUGGCAUAAGAGAUUGACACAGGAUGUUAUAGAAUUGUUACAAAAAGCUUUCCCGAAAAAAUUUUAUAGAGCUAUACCUGAAAUAAUGGUUUAUAUGACAGAAUCAUUUGGAAAUCCUACAAGAAUAGAUUAUGGUACUGGUCAUGAGAUGGCAUUUAUAUGGUUUUUAUGUUGUUGUUAUAAAAUUGGAGUUUUCGCAACGGAAGAUAAUGCAGCAGUCGUCCUUAAAGUAUUCAAUAGGUAUAUGAACCUUGUUAGACGAUUACAGACAACUUACAGAAUGGAACCUGCUGGAAGUCAUGGUGUUUGGAGUUUAGACGAUUAUCAAUUUAUGCCUUUUAUAUGGGGAAGUUCACAAUUAGUUGAUAAUCCGAGAAUCGAACCGAAAUCAUUUUUAUUACCCGAAGUUGUAAGCACUUAUAAACACGAAUACCUUUUCAUAGCUUGUAUAGAUUUUAUUAAUCAAGUUAAAACGGGUCCCUUUCCGGAGCAUUCUAAUCAAUUAUGGAACAUAAGCGGAGUCACGAGUUGGUCGAAAAUAAAUCAGGGUUUAAUUAAAAUGUACAAGGCUGAGAUUUUGUGUAAAUUUCCGGUGAUUCAACACGUUUUAUUCGGGUCGUUGAUGACAUUUAAAACGAGACCCUCUGGUAGCAUAAUAAGAAAUGCCAGAUUGAGCGUCACACCUCCGGAUCCUUUGAAAACUCUUAUGGAUCCGCCAGGAGUUUUAAAACCUAGGCGAGAUUCGGAAAAUCAUUCCUGA